CUAAAGCCUGGUUUCCCAGUGUCUGAACCCAGGUUGGGACUGAGUAUAGGGAUCCUAUCAGGACUGAGGUCCUUUGCGGAGAAGCCUGAGUCUGUCUGUCUGUCUGUCUGUCUGUUUUUGUUUGCUUAGUUGCACUGUAUCCCAAGAGAGGAACCCAACCUGUUGCUUCUGGGGCAAAAGGGAGUUCAGAUGAGAGAGAAAGGCUCCAGGGUCCUGUGGUCUAACCUAGGCAGAGUCUGGUUCCCAGAUAGCUCUUUGUUUUCAUUUCUGGCAAAGUCUCUGUAGGUUGUAGUCCCUAGGCAGAUAAAUCCCCAUCUCCUGAAAACUCCUGGGUUAGAAUUUGGGAAAUUCUAGCUGGGAACAGUGUCUGCUCUCCAGUAGCUGUAAGCCUGGGCUUGCCGCUCUUCCUGGUACCUGCAAGCACUUUAGUGGAGAUCAGAGUGCCCUCUCCCUAGCACCUAAGUGCGCCUUCUUUGCUCAGCUCCUGACACUCCGAGUCUGUGUGCCCAACAGCCCCUGGCAUGGAGACCUUCUUUAGGAGGCAUUUCCAGCGGAAGGCACCAGGUCCCGGAGAGAGGCUGCAGCGGUCCAGUGGUGUGGGGCUGCCCACAGGCAAGGCUCGACGCCGCUCCCCUGCAGGGCAGGCCUCCUCCUCCCUGGCCCAGAGGCGCCGCUCCAGUGCACAGCUCCAGGGCUGUUUCCCCAGUUGCGGUGUGGGCACCCAGAGGGCCAGCCGCAGGCGCUCCAGCACUGCACCCCCUACCCGCAAUCCCCGCUUCGUGGUGGAUAUGGUGCCCACCCUACAGCCUGCCACUGUUGGGGCCCAGCUUCUGGGGGCACCCCUGCUAUUGGCUGGGCUCGUGGGCAUGAAGGAGGAGGUGGAGGGAGAUACCAAACCAGGCACCGGGACACCAAGGUCCUCCUCACACCAGGGCACCUGGCCGUUGCUUCCCAUGCCCCUCUGCCUGCGCAGAGCCUCCUCCCAUCUGCUUCCUGCUGAUGUGGUAUAUGGCCAUACUCUUUGGGGCCUGCAUGGGCACUAUCGUCGCCUCAGCCAGCGGUGGCCCUCAGGCCAGCACCCAGGUCUUGGGAGCCGAAGCCAGAGAGCCUCGGGCACUACAGCAGGCCCCAUGGUACCUGCCCGCAUGCACCCACUGUCUCGCAGACGCCAGGUAGCUCUAAGGCGGAAGUCAGCUGGACCCCAGCCCUGGAACACCCUGCUUAUGAAAGCCAUCACCAAGUCAGGCCUCCAGCACCUGGCACCCCCUCCUCCCACGCCUGGGGCCCCGUGUGGUGAAUCUGAGCGGCAGAUCCGGAGCACGGUGGACUGGAGUGAGUCAGCAGCGUAUGGGGAGCACAUCUGGUUUGAGACUAACGUGUCGGGUGACUUCUGCUAUGUCGGGGAGCAGUACUGCGUAGCUAAGAUGCUGCAGAAGUCAGUGCCCAGAAGAAAGUGUGCAGCCUGUAAGAUUGUGGUACACACCCCAUGCAUCGAACAGCUGGAGAAGAUCAAUUUUCGCUGUAAGCCAUCCUUCCGUGAAUCAGGCUCCAGGAACGUCCGUGAGCCAACCUUCGUAAGACACCACUGGGUCCACAGGCGGCGCCAGGAUGGCAAGUGUCGGCACUGUGGGAAGGGCUUCCAGCAGAAGUUCACCUUCCACAGCAAGGAGAUCGUAGCCAUCAGUUGCUCCUGGUGCAAGCAGGCUUACCACAGCAAGGUGUCCUGCUUCAUGCUGCAGCAGAUUGAGGAGCCCUGCUCCCUGGGGGUGCAUGCAGCUGUGGUUGUCCCCCCCACGUGGAUCCUACGGGCCCGGAGGCCCCAGAAUACCCUCAAGGCCAGCAAGAAGAAAAAGAGAGCAUCCUUCAAGAGGAGAUCUAGCAAGAAAGGACCCGAGGAAGGCCGCUGGAGACCCUUCAUCAUCAGGCCCACCCCGUCCCCCCUCAUGAAACCCCUGCUGGUGUUUGUGAACCCUAAGAGUGGGGGCAACCAGGGCGCUAAGAUCAUCCAGUCUUUCCUGUGGUAUCUGAAUCCUCGACAAGUCUUUGACCUGAGCCAGGGGGGACCCAGGGAGGCGCUGGAAAUGUACCGCAAAGUGCAUAAUUUGAGGAUUCUGGCUUGCGGGGGUGAUGGAACGGUUGGCUGGAUUCUCUCCACCCUGGACCAGCUGCGCUUAAAACCACCGCCCCCUGUGGCCAUCCUGCCCCUGGGUACUGGCAAUGACCUGGCCCGCACUCUCAACUGGGGUGGGGGUUACACAGAUGAACCUGUGUCAAAGAUCCUUUCCCAUGUAGAGGAGGGGAAUGUGGUACAGCUGGACCGCUGGGAUCUCCGAGCGGAGCCCAACCCUGAGGCCGGACCCGAGGAGCGAGAUGACGGAGCCACUGACCGGCUGCCCCUGGAUGUCUUCAACAACUACUUCAGUCUGGGCUUUGAUGCCCAUGUCACCCUGGAGUUUCAUGAGUCUCGAGAAGCCAACCCAGAGAAGUUCAACAGCCGUUUCCGGAAUAAGAUGUUCUAUGCUGGGACGGCCUUCUCUGACUUCCUGAUGGGCAGCUCCAAGGACUUAGCCAAGCACAUCCGAGUAGUGUGUGAUGGAAUGGACCUAACCCCCAAGAUCCAGGACCUGAAGCCGCAGUGCAUCGUCUUUCUCAACAUCCCCAGGUACUGUGCAGGCACCAUGCCCUGGGGCCACCCUGGGGAGCACCAUGACUUCGAGCCUCAGCGGCAUGAUGACGGCUACCUCGAGGUCAUCGGCUUCACCAUGACAUCCUUGGCGGCGCUGCAGGUGGGUGGUCACGGCGAGCGGCUCACCCAGUGCCGAGAAGUGCUGCUCACCACGGCCAAGGCCAUCCCUGUGCAGGUGGACGGUGAACCCUGCAAGCUUGCAGCGUCACGCAUUCGAAUUGCCCUUCGCAACCAGGCCACCAUGGUGCAGAAGGCCAAGCGCCGGAGCGCCGCCCCACUGCACAGCGAUCAGCAGCCAGUUCCCGAGCAGCUGAGGAUCCAGGUGAGCAGGGUCAGUAUGCACGACUAUGAGGCUCUACAUUAUGACAAGGAGCAGCUCAAGGAGGCCUCUGUGCCUCUGGGCACCGUGGUGGUCCCUGGAGACAGUGACCUAGAGCUCUGCCGUGCCCACAUUGAGAGACUCCAGCAGGUAAGCCGUGCGAGCAGGAGCAGGUGGGACACCUGGUCUUCCAUCCCAGACUGUGGCCCACUCUGGCCUUUGCUACUGUCUCCACAGGAGCCCGAUGGCGCAGGAGCCAAGUCCCCGACGUGCCACCAGCUGUCCUCCAAGUGGUGUUUCUUGGAUGCCACCACUGCCAGCCGCUUCUACAGGAUCGACAGGGCCCAGGAGCACCUUAACUAUGUGACGGAGAUUGCCCAGGACGAGAUUUAUAUCCUAGACCCUGAGCUGCUGGGGGCAUCAGCCCGACCUGACCUCCCCACCCCUACCUCCCCGCUCCCUGCCUCCCCCUGCUCCCCCAUACCCCGGUCGCUGCAGGGAGAUGCUGCACGGCCUCAAGGUGAAGAGCUGAUUGAAGCUGCCAAGAGGAAUGACUUCUGCAAGCUCCAGGAGCUACACCGAGCAGGAGGUGAUCUCAUGCACAGGGACCAGCAGAGCCGUACGCUCUUACACCACGCGGUUAGCACUGGCAGCAAGGAAGUGGUCCGCUACCUGCUGGACCAUGCACCACCAGACAUCCUUGAUGCUGUGGAGGAGAACGGGGAGACCUGUCUACACCAGGCAGCCGCCCUGGGUCAGCGCACCAUCUGCCACUACAUUGUGGAAGCCGGGGCCUCCCUCAUGAAGACAGACCAGCAGGGCGACACCCCCCGGCAGCGAGCUGAGAAGGCUCAAGACACAGAGCUGGCUGCCUACCUGGAGAACCGGCAGCAUUACCAGAUGGUCCAGCGGGAGGACCAGGAGACUGCUGUGUAGUUAGGGACCGUGCAUCAGCGGGAGGACACUACCAGAGGACCAGAACUCCUCUCCUUGCCACCUCACUGCCACAUUCCUGCCGGGUGGCCAUGGGGGGACCCUGCCCCAGGGAAGGAGCCCCAUGCCACCCCCCAGAAGCCACUCAGAUCUAGGGCUGGACUCAGGAGCUGGACUCUCGCCUGUCCCUGGGUUCAUGGGGAACAGGAGACUGGCUGGGCUGGCUGGGUCCCUUCAGGGCAGACUUCCCCUCACCACAGCUGAUGGAAGGACAAGCCAGGGGAGCCCAGCAGCGACAGGGAGGCCUGCUGUCAGCAGGCUGCUUGGGAGCCACCUGGUCCUUUGGACUGUCUGGAGGCUUCUGGGUGCCUGGCCCUCCUAUCUGACCCACCCACUCUGGGCCUCCCUAACUCAAGAGCCUGCUGUAUUCAUCUGCCCGCUGCCCUGCUUGGCACCUCCCCUGGUGAUCCUCAUGUACCCAGUCAUUUCAUUUCGGACUGUAUGGCCUGGGGCGGGGGGGGGGGUGUGGGGCUACCACGGUGACUUGUUUACAGCUGGGUGUGACUCAGUAAAGUGAAUUUUUUUUCCUUGUU